AUGGCAAGCGAAGCAGUAGAGCCUCAGGCCGUCCAGGGCGCCCCGAAUGAUCAGGACAAGGAGAACAAGUUCCAGCAAGCAAUCGCUUCAUGGCGGAGUAUGUCUUCCUUCCCUCUCCUGCUUCUCAUACCUCAGAUACUGACUUUUGGAUANGAUGUUGACCUGUCCUCGCUCAUCUCCACCCUCGACACAGCCGCCUCGGACCUCGUCACUCACCAACGCGACACGUUAGUCCAACGCAAAGAGCUCGCCCAAAAGACCAAAGACUUUCGCAAACUUGAAGAUGCCGCCAAACUGGGUGAAAUCAAGGGCUUGCUCAAGUCGUACCAAUCCUUCAUCGACCUCAUCUCCAGCCAGUCAAAGUCGACCCAGUCUGCUUUCCUCCAAAUCUACUCGCCGCUCUCCGAAGCCCCCGAUCCGUACCCACUGCUCGAAGCCUCCAUUGAUUCGUUCGUCACCGCCCAAGAGGUCGUUCCCAAGCUGGAAUCCGAGAACAAGCACCUUCAGUCAACCGUCGCCAAAUUGACAGCACAACUAGAGGAGACGGAAUCCCAGUUGGAACAAGAGCGCUCUACCAGACAAUCGUCACAGUCUAGUCAGGACACCAAGAUCAAGGAAGUCGAAGCAUCAUGGAACGCCGUCCUGAAAGAGAAGCAAGACAACUGGGACGCAAGAGAGAAGAGCUUGGAAGAAAAGGUCGACAACCAAGACCGCCUGUUGAAGGAGCUCAAGGCCAGCUACGACGUCGCCCAACGUCUAGGCAAGGCUGAAGACGACACAUCAAACACUCUCCACGGCGCAUCGCAGCAGGAGCUCGACCUGGUCAACCAGGAACUCGAAAAGGCAAACCUACGCCUGUCUGAGCUGGAGGGCCGCAACGAGCAACUCCGCCUUGACCUCGCACAAUCCACCGCAAACCAGAGCUCAUCCCAAACUGCCACCUCGGUCGAAGAUGACCCUGCCUUUCUCCGUCUACGCUCCGAAAACUCUCAACUCCUGCGAAAGCUCGAUGCACAACGCUACGAGAAGGACUCGGAAAAGACCAAGUGGAAUUCGAACGUCAGGACACUCGAGAGGGAGUUGGAAUCUCUCAAGCAGGAUCGCGAGAGCAUCAAGCGCAAGUUGGACAAGUGCAGCGACUAUGACGAGGUCAAGCAAGAGCUGGACAUGCUCAAGGUAUGUUGGACGACCCACAGUUUACAGGUCGCAUUGCUGACAAGAACCAGNUCGAUCGAGUUCGCGACAGGCGACGCAGACGACUCGGACCACGAGACAGAUACCGCCCCUUCCACCGACAAGGGCGAAUCGCUGGAGAAGCUCCUUCUCGCUCGCAACAAGAAGCUCUCCAACGAGCUCACCAUUCUCCGUGUCUCGCACAACGACCUCCAAUCUCGUCUCGAGUCGUUGCAAGAAGACCUGUCUAGCACAAACAUGGAGUUGGAGAAGUCACGCAACCUGACACAGACGCUCGAGGAAGAUUUGCUGCAAGCCCAGAACGAAGCCAGCAAUGCCUUCGACCCCUCGGCCAUGUCGGUAGCAGGCACAUAUACCUCUCGCUAUCCCAAGUCCUCGUAUGCCGCUUCCAUACGUCGCGGUGCCAACACUUCGCCCACCUCUUCCAUCAUCUCGGGCUUCGAUACGAGCACCUCGUCGCCCAGAGGCUUGGAUUCGCUGCGCCCAGAGGCCCCCAAUGCUGGCAUUUUGCCAAUGGUCACUGCUCAACGUGAUCGCUUCAAGGCCAAGAUUCGCGAGCUGGAGACGAACCUACAAGAACAAUACUCUCUCGUGUCAUCUCUGCGCUCCGAGAUUGCCAGUCUGCAAAAGGACAAUCUAUCUUUGUACGAGAAGAGCAGAUAUGUAAACAGCUACAACACAAAGGGUGGCGCAACAUCUGGAUACUCUUCCACGAACCCAAGCACCAUCACAAUCGAUCGCAGUAACCCCGGUACCGAUGCCCGCUACAAGUCAGCCUACGAAAACUCAAUAUCUCCAUUCGCUGCCUUCCGUAGCAAAGAGACCAGCCGCGCUUUUCAACGACUCUCGUUGCCCGAGCGAGCGGUCUUGCAAGCUUCUAGACUUGUACUUGCCACGCGGACGAGCAGGAACAUGUUCGCCGUCUGGGUUGUGGGACUCCAUCUUCUGGUCUUUGUCAUGUUGUUUUGGAUGGGCGGCAGCGAUACACCACACCUAGCCCACACUGUUGCUGCUGGCAACGCCGCGAUAGCUGGUGCAAGAGUAGCCGCUGCGGCGCCAGGGGGCCCAGGUGCGAAGUGGGAGCAACCCGGCUUCGGGGAUACGUAG